AUCAAUAAUUGCUCCACCCACCAAUGACCUAACAAUUCCAUAUCAUUCCUCUACGUACAUCACUUUAUUUCUCUCGAGCACGAACAGGAGGACCCGCACGAACUCUUCAUGGUCAUGUUUUAUUUUUAAUAGCCGUAGAAGACGAGCUGUUACACUACAGCAGUUAUAAAUGAUGAAUGGCUAUGAACUUGGAGUCCAAAAUUUCAGAGCUAUUACCAAGAUGCAACUUUGCGCAGCUCAAACAAAUCCACGCUCUCCUCUUAACCACAUCCAUUCACCAAAACAUCCAUGUUUCCCCCAGCUUUCUUCGACGAACCACCGAGUUUGGGAACAUGGACUACGCAAGUCUCGUGUUUUCUCAUCUCAAUCCCAUUUUCAAAACCGAAAUUCAAUUCUGGAACGCAAUGAUCAGGGGUUAUGCUUUCAAUGGCCCUGUUGAGCAAUCCGUGUCCUUGUAUGGCGGUUUGCUUCAAAGAGGACUCAAACCCCAUAAUUCCACCUACCGAUUUGUGCUAAACUCGUGUGCUGAUUUGGGUUGGUUCUGGGAUGGAAAAAAAGUGCAUUGUCGGAUUCUCAAGUCUGGAUUUUCGUUGAAUUGUUCAGUUUCUGUUGCGCUUUUUAAUUUAUAUGUGAAAAUUUCAGAAUUUUCUGGACCUGGGGAUGUUACUGAUGGGGUGGCUUCUGAUGCUCGCAAGGUGUUCGAUGAAAUGUGUGUUAGAUCUGUUGAAGUAUGGAACCGAAUGAUCUCAAGGUAUACGAGUACUGGGGAUGUUGAUGGUGCACGGAAGUUGUUUGAUACAAUGGAAGAUCGAGAUACCGUGUCAUGGAAUACAAUGAUUUCUGGUUAUAUUAAGGUAGGAGAGGUAAUGAAAGCAAGAGAGUUAUUUGAACAAAUGGCAGAGAAGAAUGUCGUGUCUUGGACUUCAAUGAUUGGGGCUUAUGCCAAAGCUGGAGACCUUGUUACAGCAAGAAUGUUCUUUGAUAAAAUGCCUCAAAGAAAUGUGGUGUCCUGGAAUUCCAUGAUUUCUAGCUACGUUCAAAAUGGGGAAUUUCAGGAAGCACUGGAUCUCUUUAUCCAAAUGCUAGCAGAAGGUAUAAUUCCUGAUGGAUAUACUUUUGUAUCUGUUUUCUCAGCUUGUUCUCAUUUGGUUGAUCUAGAGUUUGGUAAGUGGAUACACUACUUGAUUGAUGAUUUCUCUCAACUUGGAGUUAUUGCUGCGACUGCUUUGAUUGAAAUGUAUGCAAAAUGUGGAGACGUCGACAGAGCUUUUAUUCUUUUCAUCAAAAUUGGAAAGAAAGAUGUGUAUUUUUGGAAUGUUAUGCUGAAAUCACUUGCCCUCCAUGGAAAGGCUCAAGAUGCUCUUAAAUUAUUCUCUUUGAUGCAAAAAGAGGGCCUGAAGCCAAACAACUUCACCUUUCUUGGAGCUUUGUUUGCUUGCAGCCAUGGAGGGAUGGUGGAAGAAGGUCAGACCAUAUUUGAUAUGAUGGAGAAGGAAUAUGGGAUUAGACCGAGAAUUGAACAUUACGGUUGUAUCGUUGAUUUGCUCAGUCGAAACGGGUGGCUAGAGGAAGCACUGCAUCUAGUAGAGAAGAUGCCAUUUGAGGCUGAUGUUGCAAUAUGGGGAGCGUUGUUGGGUGGUUGCAAGUUAAGAGGUGAUUUCAAGAGAGCACGAGAAAUAGUUGAGAGGGCAAGCAAAUUGAGAUCAAAUGAAGGUGGAAUCCACGUGAGCUUGUCGAAUAUGUAUGCAUCAGUUGAGCACUGGCCAGAGGCUGUAACUGCAAGGGAAAAAAUGGAAGAGGAGAAUAUUUUGAAGAAGACUGGCCAGAGUAGUGUUAUUUAUGCACCCAGUGGAGCUCAUCGUUUGUAGGAUAUUUUCAAGAGGAUGAAAACUCUUAACAUUUAUUUCUAUUUUUAUCAGAGGUCAAAAGUUGAAAAUUAUAACCCCACUUUUGUUGGAGUAAAUUUUUUAUAGUUAAAUUGUAACUUUGGUUAUAUUUUUUUUUGAAAAAGUUAGAGUUAGUAAACUAUAAUUGGAAUCUAGUCUGGGUUGACAUAUUCAGUA